AUGAAGCCCUUCCGCUUCAUAUUUAUGGCAGCAGUGCUACUGCUCGCAAUCUUCACCAUCUCCACCUUCGCCGCUACCAAUUGGGACAAGGACGAUCACGAGAUCUUCGACCUUCAAUCCGCCCUCGAGAAAUCUGAAGGCAAAGGUGCCAACUUUUACAACAUUCUUGGCAUCCCACGCUCUUCCUCUCAAGCCGAGAUCAAGCGUGCAUACCGCAAAAAGAGCUUGGAGCUUCACCCUGACAAGAACUCUGGCGUGGCUGGAGCUCAGCAACGUUUCGAGAGGUUGGGAUUGGUCUACAAGAUCUUGCGAGAUGGAAGGAAGGACAGAUACGAUCACUUUUUGAGCAAAGGUUUCCCCAAGUGGAGGAAGAAUGGCUGGUUCUAUGAACGCUACAGGCCCGGACUGGGUGCUGUGCUGGUCGGCAUUGCAUUGUUCACCAUGGCUGUGGAAGUUGGAAUCUCAAAGUUGACAAGUGGACAGGAGAAGGCAAAGAUUCAGAGGCUCAAGAUGUCGGCUAGAUUGGUAGCUUGGGGUCCACGAUACCAGGCUAUCCUCGCUUCGCUGCUCUACCCUACCGAGACGACACCCGCUCUGCCACCAUCGAAACUCGCACUGGUGGAAAAGAAGGUUCGUGUUCCGAUCACUGGUUUCCCCACCCUCCCUGCCUUCCCUGCCCCGACCGCUAUCAAGACAGGUGCAGCCGAUUGGGACGCACAAGAAGCAGCCACCCGCGCUGUCAUCGCCAAUCCCUCUGCCACAUCAGCUGCUGACGGAGCACCUAUCGUCGAGUGCCUGGUGCACGAAGCAGACGUGUUUUUGUUGGACAAGUUCAGCAACGAUUGGGUCUUGUUGAGUGAGGAGGAUGCUCAGCAGAGUCAGUUCCAUCAGACUUGGCCGUUCAGGUUGGUUGCUGCACUGGUGAACAAGGUCACCGGCAAGCAUGAAGAUGUGUUGACCGAGGUGGAGGAAGAGGUUGAGGAGAAGGUCGAGGAGGUGAAGGCCGCCGCCGCAGGUGCUGGGAAGAAGAAUAAGAAGGCCGGCAAGAAGGACAAGUGA